UAAUGCUUGACCUUAUAUAGACUGAACUGUAAAUAUCCAGUGAUGGUUUUAAGAAACAUUAGCGGGAUGUGUGUUCUUUAUGUAUUGAAGCUAAAUGUUAACUAAUAUGUACAGAAAUAAAUAAAGGUGUUCUAUAUUCAACAAUUUUGUAUAAGUUGCGGAAAAGUUCGGGAUGUGUGUGUUGCCAUCCAGGUGGAGGCGACUCACUGGUCAGAUGAUCACUGAAGGUUAUAGAGAGUUGCAUGAUAAUUGAAUAUUAUAGCACUGAAUCAUACGGGCUUGGCGCUUAUUUUUGGCUAAUAGCAUUCGUGUGAGGCAUCAAGUUUAUGCAAGCUGCAGUCAUAGCAUCUUAAAAGUUUUAAUACAGAGACAAGUAGUAGUUCACCAUGUCGAUGAACUGUCUGCCAUUUGAGGUACUGGUUAACCUCUUCAAUUACCUGGGUGUGAGUGACCUUCUGGCUGUUUCCUGUGUGUGUAGGCUAUGGCGGGAAGCAGCUACAGUCCUCCUGGCAGAUAAAGUCACUAUCAUGGUCACAGAUGAUGCAGCUCCAGCUAUGGAAACUUUCAAGGAUUCAUCAGUCCCAUAUCAUAACUGGGUGUUUAAGGAGGUGAACCUGUCCAUAUGUGGGGUAUGGGGGGAUUGGUGGUUGGGUAAGGGAAGUGAGGUACGCUCCCUCAGCCUGCAUAGUACUGGCAUGAGUCAAGCAGAUUUUGUUGGUCUUCUAGCAUCAUGUACAGACCUUCGUGUUCUCAACAUUAAUGGCUCCAGAAGUCUCUUUAGGGAGGGUACUCUUUUAAACAACCCUGAAGAUGUUAAAGUGCUCUCAGCUUCCCUGAAGAAUGUGACUCAACUUCAUCUGGCUUGCUCUAGAUACUUGACAGAUUCACUCUUCUCCCGUAUUAUCUCUGUUGUGGGGCCUCUGAGAAAGCUCUCUUUGGCAGGCUGUCAGAUUACAUUCCAUGAAGCAAUCUAUAAGAGAUUCUAUCCAGAAGAUGGCCGAAUCAGUGUGUCAGAUCAUGUUUUAACUUUUAAACAUAUAUUAAAAUUUAUAGAAGAAAAGUCCAGUACAUUGAAGGAAAUAAGUUUAGGAAGAACAAUAGCAGACAGUGAGUCCCUGUAUAAUUUAUCAAUGGUGCCGGGCCUUCAGCUUGAAUCGGUACAUUUGAUGUCAUGUGACCAGGUGUCAAAAAGUGGAAUUCAGCUUCUAUGUGAAAACCAAAAGACCAUCACAGAUCUAGACUUGAGUCUGUGCUCACGCAUUACAGAUUAUGCAGUGUUAGCCGUGUGUCAGUACCUGCCCAACUUAAAGAAGCUUAAUCUACGCAGAUGUCAGGGCAUCACUGAGAAUGGAAUUAGAGCUCUUGGCCAGUUAAGAAAUCUUGAAGAGUUAAAUAUAUCACACCUGGAAGCCAUCACAUCAAAGAGCGUGGAGGAGGCUCUAGGGAAGGAGCCAAGGCCAGGCUUGCGGGUACUUAACCUGGCAUCACUAACAGUUGACUGGAAGACCAUAGAAAACUUGCCGACAGUAGCCCCAAAUCUCGAGCACCUUGAUGUCUCCAUGUGCAUCAGUGGCAUAAAUGACAAGAGCAUUCAGGCUAUAUGUAAAUCCUUAACAAAGCUUCGCAUCCUCAUCUUAAAUGGCUGCACAGCGUUGUCAGACAUUGGUCUAGCCGGUCAUGGCCUUGGUCAGAAGGACCCAGAGUUGAGUCAAGCAGUAGGUCUCUCACUAGAGAACCUUGGUAUAAAGGAAAAAGAUCCAUUCAAAGUGCAACUUGGCUCAAGAGCUGAAAAAACUAUUCGACAAGAAGCAGAAGUUAAGAGGUACUUACAGAACAACAUUGAUCAGAUUGUUAAGUCAUCUGAAUACAGCCUGUCAAACCUCAUUGGUUUACGUGAGCUGAAUUUGUGUGGCUGCAGGAGGAUCACCGACAUUACACUAAUCUAUGCCUUUCAUCUGCGGGAAUUACAAUACCUUAACCUUUCCUUCUGUCAAGCGGUUGGGGAGAGUGGACUGGAAGCAAUGGCCCGUCACUGCCCAAGUCUUGAGGUGUUGAUGCUGGCAGAAUGUGGCCAGACUACUGACCAAGUCAUACUUGUCAUUGCUCAUUAUCUUAAACGUAUCAAGACACUAGAUCUACAGAUGUGUGUGAAGCUGACAGAUGAUGCUCUGGACAGUCUCAGCAACUGUCACACACUACAGUACCUGGAUGUCAGUGGUUGUGAGAAGAUGAGCCUCGAGCAGGUGAGAUAUGUUCAAAUGAAGAUACCCAGGCUCCUUAAUCUUCACCACCGUGGUGUGACGGAGAAAACCACCAAUGGAAGCGAGACGGAGAAAUUUCCUCCCAAAGCAACUGUGAAGAUUCCCUCCCCACCACCCCUGUUUUCUAAACUUAAAAAGAAAGUAUCACGCAUAUAGAAAAUGAAAUUCAGGUGUAAUUGUAAUUUAGUUACGAAAACCUCAACAGGUAUUUCUAGAUUCAAUAUCUUUAUGUACUGAGUAACAGGUAAACAGUAGAGCCUUUGCUUUUCACACAUGUUUAUUCUUAGUCAUAUAUGGAUGUAAAAUAUGUGAAAGUAAUAACCUUAAAUGAGGACAAUAAGAAAAAUAGGUACACUGUGUAGUAAAACCACAAUAACAAGUGAAUGUGGCACAUUGCAUGUUAUGUGCUGGUGGUGAUAGUAAUGUCCAACUUGAGGGUACAGUAGUAAAGAGAGAAGGUAGGUGGAGAAGAAAGGAGACAGUGACACUGAAAGUAACAGUACAACACUGUGCUAACGACACUGUACAAUAUGUGAUCCCCAUGCUUUAGUGACACUGUACAUCAUGUGACCCAUGUUUCAGUGACACUACAUCAUGCAACCCUCAUGCUUCAAAUGAAUGAGAAGUUUCCAUUUUUGGCACAUUAAUUCUACACUUGCACUUACUUGACCACUGAGAACUGAGGAAGGAACAAGAGAGUGAAGGAAGAGGAUGAGAAAUUUGGAGAAGGAAAAUUUUAAACAGAAGGGAGAGAAGGAUGAGCGAGUUAAGAGGGAAUGAUACAGUUAAUAUUGACUUUUCAGCCAUAGAACAUCCUUGCUUGAGGUGAUAGAAGGGUUAUCAGCAUCAUCAUCUGUAGGUAUAGAUAUUGUGAGGUUUAAGGCUGCUGGUUGGCUUAACUUAGCAAGGUUUGCAGUCUGAAGAGGUAACACAUGUUUUCUGAAAAUAGUGAGUAAUAUGAGGUUGUAUUUGAAUUAUAGUUUCAUGCAGAUGAUCUGAGAUAAGUGUACAUUCAUGAUUAAUUCUUGUCUCCAUGUUGGACAUGACUUUUAUCAAGCCAUCAGCCAUAUCACUGAAAGAAUACUUUGGAGAUGGCUUAUUCAGCUCAGUUUUCUGAGGGAACUCCUUGGCUUGGGCUGGCUAUAUGAUACCACUGAUCAUUUGACUUAGUGAAUGAAAAUGUAUUAAACAGGUGAGAUGUCAUACAUCAUUGUAUAAAAGAGAAAGGUAAUCAUCAGAAAAAACAUCAGUGGUCUUAAAAAAAAAAAAAUAGUGAUUGUUCACAAAAACUGUGGUCGUACACUGACAAUAGUCUUGUAAAAAAUCUGUGAUCAAAUAUAAAGGCAUUGGUUUAACAGAAACCAGUAGUUUUAUAAAACAGCAGUAAUAUUAUAAAAAUAUUCUAUUUAGUCUAAUAAUAUAAAGCAGUUGUCAUUACAAAAGUGCAUCAUUUGUACAUAAUCUAAAAUUCAUUACUAGUCAAAUCCUACAAUACUGUCAGAAAUGUCCGAGUAGGAGAGCAGUGCAAAGCCAUGAAUUGCAUUUAACAAUACUGUACAUAUUCAAAAUUUGUGCCAUGUGAAAACCAUCAAAUUAACCAUAAUUAUAUAGAGGGAUAGGAGAUCGAGGCAAGUCCCUAAAGGCAAAUUCCUCAAUGCAUAUUCCAAAACUAAUAGCAGAGCAAAAAUUAAAAAUCACCUAAAAAAAAUUCUGUGAGGCACUAGAGUGGAGCAAAGCCCAGGCGGUGCAUUCCACAUUACAGUAAAUUUGUUUCAGGUCAAAACCAAUGUCAGUCAAAAAAAAAAUAUAGGAUUGGCCUGAGCUUUAACCAUGCCCCAGGACAAAUGAUCCUCAGAAUUGACUGCAGGUAUAUAAGAGAAUGGGGCAAUUUCAGUCAGGCGCAGUCAGCGAUACAAACCUAAAACUCACUUCACAUCAGGAAUGAGACAGGUGGGGAAGGGGGGAAAGCAACAAGGUUUGAGAUGAGGCAUAGAAGGGUAGCUCUAAUUUCUUGGCUCAAGAGUCCUUCACCAUCAUCAAAACACCUUGAAGGAACUGUGAAAUAUAAACUAAGCCUUGCAACAUUUUUCCAUUCAUAUUCAUUCUGGUUAGAAGAUUUUGUCCCAUUUAUAAAACAAGUUUUUAUAGUUCCUAUAUUAAAAUCAUUAUCAUUACACAAAUUGAAACACACUGCUAAAGAUCCCUUCAAGGCAGUGCCUUGAUAUUCAUGAAGGGUUCUUGUUCCAAGGAAUUUGCUUUCCACUUUCCUGUAAUCAAACAUGAUUACUUUUUAUUCCCCUGGCGCUGUGUGAUGCCCAGGGACCUAGCACUUUUGCAUAAUUAUACAGUAAACUCUUAUAACAUGCAGGAUACAUUCCUGAAAAUUAGCACCUUACAGAAAUUAGUGGUACAUAUGUGAAGUGAAAAAUGUAUGGGGAAACUAGGGUUAUGUUUCUGAGACCUCCAAAUUUGGUAGGUUUGGAGGCAGAUUUUCAUUUGUUUACACAAAAUCACUCUAUGCAUUGUGGCUUUGUUUGAGAAUUUUCUAUAAUGAUAAUAGUUCUCCAUUCUAAAACUGUGUAAAUACUUGAAUUUUUAAUUUUGUUAAAUAGUAAUAAAACUUCCACUUUAAAAAGUCAGGAAUAGUACCCAUGUUAAAUAACAUUUGAAGCAAGACUUACCGACAAUUAUUGCUAUUAUGUGCCGAGCCAGUGAAAGGUUUGCUCUGCAUGUAAUGUCUUUCUUCCAUAUAUUAAAUAACUAGUAAUCAAUGAUGCUGAUUACUCUCUGCAUAUCUAUAAAACAUUAGCAAAUUAAAUUAGUCGAGCAUUUUAGACAAGCUGUUCCUUUACUUAAUGUUCUUUUAUAAAAAAAAAUGAGAGUGGAUUCUUGGUAUUAAGAUUAAGCAGAUGAUAUUUCCAUAGAAUUUUAUAGGAAUAAUAGAUUCGGCUCAUUUUCAAAACUUUCUCCCCUUCUGAGUCAAUUUGGAAUUUUUUGAGGUUGACACCUCUAUCUACCCUAUUCACCAUACUAUGUAAAUUUUGUGUGUGUUUGUGUGUGUGUGUGUGUCUGUGUGUGUGUGUGUGUGUGUGUGUGUGUGUGUGUGUGUGUGUGUGUGUGUGUGUGUGUGUGUGUGUGUGU